AUGAAGGACACAUGCCCACGGCGGUGACGGGAGCACGACGGUGGCGGCGGGAGAGUGGCGGUGCUAAGCGGGAGCUCCCGCAGGUGGCACUGGUGUUGUCAGCAGUCGGAGGGUGGGGGGUGGUGGCGAGCACUGACCAGGGGGCAGCAACCACCCAGAGACCUUGCCAGCAAUGUCGGCGGUGCGUUUUUGUAGGGGGUGCAGUGCCACGCUCAGGGGGGGCAUGUGUACAUGCGUGCAUCCCUACACAUUGCCCCUGUGGUAAGUAGAGUCACACAAGGAACAAUGGUCACAAACUGACAGAGAGCAGAUUUAGGCUAGGUAUCAGGGAAAACUCCUUCAGAGUAAGGGUGCCCAAAAUUUGGAGUGGGCUCCCAAGGGAGGCGGUGCUGUCUCCCACCUCGGGGGUCUUUAAGAGAGGGCUGGAUAGGCACCUGGCUGGGGGCAUCUGGCCCAGCGCUCCUUCCUGCCCAAGCAGGGGGUUGGACUCGAUGAUCUGUUGAGGUCCCUUCCCACCCUAGCAUCUGUGAAUCUGUGAAUCCGUGCUUAAAGUAUACCAUUUUGUCAACCUUCAGACCUAGGAGACUUCACAUUUUGUCAUGAGAGCACGCUACCAACUUCCAAGGUGGUUAGCACGUGGGCACUGCUUUAUAGUUAUUUUUUUUAAUGUUUGCAUGAACUGAUCUCCCCAAGCUCACAAAAUGACUUUUUAGUCUUCUACUUCACCUCCCUUUCCCAAACAAGGCCACGGAGCCACUAUAACAAAUGUAUCUUGUGUUUCACUCUUAGUGACAAAAGGGAUUUAUCUAAUCUUCUUAUGCCGCUGCUUCUGUCCCUGGAGUAGCACACCAAGAGAGCAUCGAAUCACCAACUAUGGGACUGCAAGAGACGUCGGGGCCGUCUAGUCACCCCCUGCUCAAGGCAGGAGCACGCCCUACAAACCCGUCCAGCCAAGCAUCAACCCUUCUCGUACGCAUUGGCAAGCAUGGAGAUUGCACAACUCUCCGGGUAGCCCAUUUCCGUGUUCCAAAAAACCUAAAAAAAAUCACCCUCAUAUAGAGCGAAAGGUCUUAUAUCGAACCAAAAUAUCCCCUGCUGCAAUACUUGAUUUACUCUGAGUCUGUUGCUGUGGCUGAAGAAAACAGGACACGUCUCCAUCCUCUCCAUGGCCACCUCUCAGGGAUUUGAAGACAUCGAGCUCUCGAGGACUAAUCUCACAACACAGUCGUUCAACCAAGAUACGUCCAUCUUCCAGUCCGUUCAUCUCAAGCGAAAGAGAUAGCGCCAUUAUCGUUAAGGAAGCAGGCAGGAAAGGUAACAUGAGGAUGGCAGAGAAGGAGCAUUACCUCAAGGCGCAGUAAGCACAUGAUAUCCAUGAAAGAGCCUCUUCAGCCGCAGCUCUGGUGAAAGGGCUGUUUGACCAAAGGCAGAAGAGGGAGAUCCAGGGCACGGAUCUGGUUAAACAUUUCGCCCUCCAGAAAGGGAAAGGGCUUGAAGGGAAACUGAGGGAAGUUGCCCAUGAAAGCGGUGCAAUGCUGAGAGACUGGGAGGAUCCACACCGUCAAAGGGCCGACAGUAGGCAGCAAGUAAUACAGUGUAUUUCCCCCAGCUCAGAGCUGGGAGCCAGCGGGAGCCCCCCGGCCUACAGAAAUAGAGGUUACGUCACCGCAGGGAACACGUGUGAGAUAGACCUGGGCCGUAUGUUCUUGUGCACACACAAUAAAUGGUGUUCGUUAGGAGCUGUUGUUGGAGUCCCUUUCCUCAUCCGCUGUCACAGUGCCCUGGAGGGAAACCCUUGCAGGGUCCAGUCCUGGUUGGAGUCCCUCCUUGUGAGUACCAUCAGGUCGUGUGCAAGCCAAGCCCUGUCUCACACCCGGUGGCUGAUGCAGCAGUGCGGCCGGACACGGCCGAGACGUGCAGGUGGGCAGACCCGGAGAACGUGACACGCAUCACAAUGGCCCCUUCUAGAACCGGCUCGUCGCCGUGCGGCUCUUGGAGACGAACACAGCAGGUCAACUGCUCCCGACCCGACACUGGUUGUUGUCAGGUCACACCCGUGUCCUUGCGAUCACCCUGACCGCAAGGCUACAGAAAACUGGAGAGCUUGUUAUCCCAGGAUACAACCAUGGGAUCCUUUGGAGACACAGGAAGGGCAGAGCAGGAGGAGGGCUAUGGGUGCAGCUGCAUCCCUCUGCCUUCUUUCCUCCAGCGCCUCCGCACCCGAGAGCCGAGGCCCCGAGCAGGCAGCCAGGAAGGGCAGGAGCAGCUAUUUGACAGCGGAGACUGGAGGACCUUGCAGGCUCAAUGGAGGCAGCAGCUGCAGCUGCAGGUCAUGCAGAAAAAUGUAGAUGCUCUUCUGGAGGAUUUUGGGAACAUACAUACAUUUUUCGCAACAUACAGGACCUUUGCCUCUCCUGGUGAGGUCCUAGAAAUGCUCCUCAGCAGGCAUGGAAAGCUGGAGACCUUGAGCUGCAGAGGAGAUGAAAGUCCAGAUUUCUCAGCGGACUCCAGGGCAGUCCUCAGGAAUCCAAUCAUCUUCUUCUUGAAAACUUGGCUGCACUUCAGCCCUGAAGAUUUCAAAGAGCCGCCGAAGUACCACACACUGCGGAAAGUAAUAGCACACCUGAGCAAGAACGUCCCUGGCUGUGACAUGGAAAUGGAGGCCAAACACCUCCUCCACCAGUUUCAAAACGAAGCAGAAAAUGAGAGCCAGCCUGGGGACCAUCCUGCGGACCAGCCAGGAGCCCAGCCCAAGGGCCAGCCCGGGGAACUGCCUGAGGUCCAGCCCGGGAAGCAGCCCAAAGGCCAGCCCGGGGAGCAGCCGGAGGACCAACCUGGGGACCAUCCCAAGGGCCAGCCAGGGGCCCUGCCCGAGGACCAGCCCAGGGACCUGCCCGAGGUCCAGCCUGGGGAGCAGCCUGAGGGCCAGGCGGAGGACCAACCUGGGGACCAGCCCGAGGGCCAGCCCAGGGACCAGCCCGAGGCCCAUCUGGCGGACCGACCUUGGGACCUGCCUGAAGUCCAACCCAAGGGCCAGCCUGGAGAGCAGCCCGAGGGCCAGCCUGGGGACCUGCCCGAGGUCCAGCCCGGGGAGCAGCAGGAGGAACAACCUGGGGACCAGCCCAAGGGCCAGCUAGGGGACCUGCACGAGGUCCAGCCCGGGGUGCAGCCCGAGGGCCAGCCGGAGGACCAACCUGGAGACCAGCCUGAGGGCCAACCCAGGGACCAGCCUGAGGACCAUUUGGGGGACCGACCUUGGGAUCUGCCCGAGAGCCAACCUGGGGACCUGCCCAGAGUCCAGCCCAAGGGCCAGCCCAGGGACCUGCCCGGGGACCAGCCCAGGAACCUGCCUCAGGAAAAGAACGAAGACGCCUACAUCAUUCACUGCUCAGUGCCGAACAGUCAAGGUGUUGUGUACAAAGGCAUUCUGUUAACGAGCCAAGACACAACUAGAGAUGUGAUCUCAAAAAUUAUGAGAAAAUAUGAUCUGGACAUGGAGGAAGCUGGAAACUACCAACUUGUGCAGGUCAUUUCAGAACACAAAGAGCUAGUCUUCCCACAGGAAGCAAAUGUGCUUUCUUAUAUGAACAGCCAGGGGAACGCAGACAUCAGCCAAAGAAGAAAGCCAGCUUUCCCUGUCUCCCCAUUGUCUGCUGCAGACAAGAAAAAGAGGAGGCGCCUACCUCGCCUCUUUAGAGGCAGCAGGGUCAGACCCGAAUGAGAGCAUCCUGACAAGGAGCUGACACGAAUACCAUUCUCAGGCUGGGGGAGACUGGGAACCUGUGGGGG